CAUCUCUCCUCCCACAAAAGAGGACAAUACAAAAAUCAAAAAAAAAAAAAAAGUACAAGAUCUCUCUUAAUUUCUCUUUGUUGUCUUCAUCAUCCAAACGCAAUGGCGAACGCGGCGUCGGGAAUGGCGGUGGAAGACGAGUGUAAGUUGAAAUUUUUGGAGCUAAAGGCGAAAAGAAACUAUAGGUUCAUAAUCUUCAGGAUAGAUGGACAACAAGUGGUGGUGGAAAAGCUGGGAAGUCCCGAGGAGAACUACGACGAUUUCUCCAAUUCCUUACCCGCCGAUGAAUGCCGCUAUGCUGUCUAUGACUUCGACUUCACCACUGCUGAGAAUUGCCAGAAGAGCAAGAUCUUCUUCAUUGCAUGGUCACCGGAUUCAUCGAGGGUGAGGAUGAAGAUGGUGUAUGCGAGCUCAAAGGACAGGUUCAAGAGAGAAUUGGAUGGGAUUCAGGUCGAGUUACAAGCCACGGACCCGAGCGAGAUGAGUCUCGACAUCAUCAAAAGUCGAGCUCUCUAGAUUCAUACAUUGCCUGAUUUUCUCCAUCAUAUAUCUCCAUAAGUGCACCAUCAUCAUCAUCAAUUCAAGCACUUUCUCCAUGUUAUGUAACUUUCUUGGUUUCAUUCAUUUUUUUCUCUCUCUAUUUUUUAUUGAUAUUUUUUAAU